AUGGCCCCCAACACCGCAGUGACCCCCAGCGCCUCGGUGGUCCCCACCAAUGCCUCAGUGGUUCCCAAAACCUCGGUGGUCCCCAGCACCUCGGUGGUCCCCAACUCUUCGGUGGUGCCCAAAGCCUUGGUGGCAGCUGCCAACACCUCGGUGGUCCCCAAAGCCUCAGUGGCCCCCAGCAUCUCAGUGGUCCCCAACACCUCGGUGACCAUCCCCAAAGCCUCGGUGGCCACCAACGCCUCUGUGAAUGGUACAGAAGCAAUGAAGCUCCAGCUCACCUGCCAGAGCUUCCAGUGCUCCGGGGAGAGGUGUUACCAGGAUGGAGCCCACGCCAACGAGACGGUGACCUGCCGUAAUGAGACUUACUGUGAGCUGUAUCGUUUCUCCAGCACAAACUACACAGCCAGGUGCAGCAGUGCCUGCGGCUCGGGGAUGUGCAGGGCCAACAGCAGCGUGAGCACACCCGAGUGUGCCCUGGACUGCUGCAACUCCUCCCUCUGCCUGCAGCUCAACGCCAGCUCCUAUGGUGACCUGCCCCCUGCCACCAUGCCACCGACGACCACCACCUCCAGAGCUCCCCCCCACAACGGGAAGGUGUGCGCAGCGUUCUCCUGUCACGGGGAUGGAUGUUUCAAAGGCAAGAAGGCUGUUGCUAGAUGCAGUGUUGGGCAGGACUUCUGUGAGAUGAAGAAGAUGGGCUUGAAUUACAUGGCGGGAUGCAGCAAAGCCUGCAAGGCUGCCAAACCAGUCUGUGCUGCUGGGACCAAGGCUGCCUGUUACCAGGAGUGCUGCCCAGCCACCCUGAAAGCCAGCUGCCUGAGGCUGGAUGGCAAAGUCCACGUCAGUGGUGCUGGGCGGGUGUCUGCGGCCCCGCUCAUGAAGCUCAUGGUGUGUGGGGUGGUUCUUCUCCUCACUUCCAGGGGCUCUGCUUCCCUCUGGGGGUAAGCAGCAGCCUGGAUGCUCUGCAGUGCUCCUCAGCAUCCCUGCUGCUCUCUGGCUUCAGCCAAGGCCGCUAUUGAACACCCUCUGUUCCAUCCCUGUCCCAAGGUGGCCCAGUUGCAUGUGGCUGCUUCUUCCCCUGUGCAGGUGCCUCCUGCCCACAGGGCAAGCCUAGGCCUCUGAGCUUAGCUCAGCCCUACGCAGGCCCUGGAUGCUGAUUCCCAAUUCCCACCUCUCAUCCCUAAGCUCCACUCCAAAUCCUGCACCUUCCCAGGAUGGGUGAGCCCCACGUCCUGUUUGGCAUCUUGCAUUCAGUGAGUUUUAACUCCUUGUGAUUGAGCCUCCCCCAGCACAGCCAGAGGAAAGGCAUUUAAUCCAUGCACUAAGGAAGCUGCAAAGGGCCGUUGUUCCCUGUGCUGCCAAAAACCUGGAGGCUUGGGAGAUCUGCAAGCCAACACGGGUUUCUGGGAGCUGCUGCAGAUGGGGCUAUGGAUGCUGGAUGAGUAACCUUGGGAGCAGGAAUGGGAUGGGGUUAAGCCUGCUUAAACCCCAGAAAGUUCUGCCUUGACUGAAGGCACAGAGCUUGCUUUAGUUGCUAAUCCGCUCACAGUGCGGCCUUUCUGAGCAUCCUCUU